GAUUCUUUGAUCGUUUCUUUGUAGUGAAUGAACCUGAUGGUUGUGUUUCCUUCAAGGAGCCAUUAGUCCCGUCAUCAUGACGUCACGUUGCGUCAGUCCCAGCAGCAUCUUGACUUCCGCGUUUCUCUCCAAAGUAGCUUUACGGCUAACAGCGUUUCCAGAUGAUAGAAAUGGUUUCAUUAAUGGUCUCGUUGCUCUGGACUCUGUGGAUCAGCUCUGUCUCUGCUGAAGGUCAUGUAAAGGUCAGAGGUGACCCUGGACAGUCCAUCACUCUGCCCUGUAGAUCUGCUGCCAGUUCAUCUGUUAUCGUCGUUCAGUGGAGCAGAACCGAUCUGGGCUCAGAGUACGUUCUUCUGUUCAGAGACGGUCGACUUGAUGUAGGGAACCAGAACCCGUCUUAUCAGAACCGGGUGGAUCUGGUGGACCCACAGAUGAAGGAUGGAAACGUGUCUUUGGUUCUGAAGAACCUGACGACUAACGAUACGGGACUAUAUCAGUGCCAAGUCCAGAAUGAAGGAGGCCUUGAUACUGAACUCAUCAGAACCAUCAGACUGGAGGUUCUUAGUCCAGAGAAGAAAAAUGGAGGAACCAGCGAUGGAUCCAUUGGACUGAUAGUUGGUCUGAUCUUAUUGAUCUUAUUGGCUGUUGUUGUUGUUUUAUUUCUGAUCUAUAAAAAACAAUCUGCUUGUUUCAGGAAGAAAAGCUCAGAUCCUCCAGCUGAUCUGUAGAUUUACUAUAAAUGCCUUUAAUCUGUGGACAUGACUUACAUCAGAUUAUUGCUGCUGUGGAUGGAUGUUUCAUCUGGCAAAUAUGAGUUGAUUUUCUCUUGCUGACAGAUAAACCUGCAGUCAUAAAUCAUGACUUGAUUAUUAUAAAAUAGUUUUGUACAAUGACUUCUGGACUGAAACUCAAAGGUGACAUUUUAUUUUUAGGCUGUGUUCCCACCAGUCCAAUGUCGUCCACUUUGAAUCUUUAAAAGCUACACAAUUAUUAUAACUACUUAAUAAAAGAAGCUCAAUCAGAAGCUAACUGAAGUUUUAUUAUUGCAUGGAUUGAGCUUCUCUUUGUAUUUAUUAAAAAGAUCAAAUUUAUACUAAUCUUAUAUAUUCUAGUGUUUUAUUGACAUCUAUCCAAAUCAUUUCCUGAAUCAAACUUCAUCUCAAUUAAGUAAAAAUUUGAAGUGACAAUCAAACGAUGGCAGGUUGGUCCGUCCUGCUGAUGGAGGAGAAGGUAACUAAUUAUACCAGAUAUAUCAGAGGAUGGAGGUCAGUCAGUUUCUGCUGUGAAAAGUAGCUUCAGUAAAUAUGUCAUUUUUUAUUUUUUAAUAAAACUUGCAGACUGCAGCUCUAACCAUCAUGACAUUGCUGUCUUCAUGGACCCAUUGACACAUUUUAUAAACUAUAAUUCAGUUUUUUAUAGUUUUGUUGGCUCUGACUUGUAUUCAGGUGCAACUUGCAUGUUUUCUGCUCAUGCUGCAGUUUUUCACAGAUGCAAUUAUAGGAUGACUAAUAAUGUAAAACUACAGAAAAAUCAGUUCAACAUUUAAUAAAGUUUUGUUUCUUCUUG